AAAUCUCAUUUAGUCAAUGCAGAAGUUUUUGGUAACGAUAUCUGGCUAUGAAACAAGAAAUGAUGUCAUUUUUUAUAAAAUCACUAUCAAUGGAUUGCAUCAUUCAAAAGUGAUUUAUAGAAGAUAUUCAGAUUUGCGAACCUUAAAUGAUUAACUUAUAAAAAAGAAUCAUGAAUUCAAGCUUAAAUUGAAUCUCCCAAAUUUUCCAAAAAAAAAAUUAUUUGGAAGAACUAAGCAUUCUGAGUCUGAUAUAGUAACAAGAGUAAUAAUUAAAAAACAAUUCUUAGGGACUAGAGUUAUAAUAAUACUUGGAAACAAUCUUGAAUAUUUAAAUGCUAUGGACAUUUUCAUUUAUAAGAGAUUUAUAACCAUUAGAUGAAACAUUUGAUGAAUCAAUUAGACAAAUAAACAUAAACCAUCAAUAUACAAAAGAUAUUUGUUGGCCUUAAAUGUAGGAAUUGAAACUAUAAUAUUUACAAAGACAUGAUAUAAGUUCAUCUCCAGCAAGAAAUUAAUCCAAAAAAACAACAGGAUAUAAAUAAAGAUAUUAUUUUUAAUUUGAUGAUUAUGUUAAAUAACAAGACUUUGUUUUAUACUAUAUUACUUUAUCUGACUAAAAAAAGAAUGUAAAAUACUUAUUUAAUGCUCGAUACAGUAAACUAAAAGAUUAUCAUACUUUGCUCGAAAAAAAGCAAUUCAAAAAUUAACUUCCUCCUUUCCCUAAAAGAAAACUUAUUGGAUAAACAUGUGAUAAUCCAGAAGAAAUUUAGGAAAGAUAAAAUUAAUUAGAGAGAUAUUUAAACGAUAUUUUUAGUGUAAAAGAGUUUGUGAAUAGUGAACCUUUAGUCUAUUUCAUCAUACGUAUUAAACUUGAAAGUGAACGUAUUCAAGACUUCGAUUAUUAAUAACAAAAAUGUAGUCGAUAUUCACAAUAAGGUAACUGCUCUUCUUUAGAAAAAGAACCUUUUGAAAUACCAAAAAAUAUUCAAUCUUGUUGA